UCAGACUGCACGAUUUUUCCCCAAGCACAUUGGCCCGGACACUGGCAAUUCAAAGAAGUCCCUCCAGUGAACGGAGUGGGAGGGCAGUCCCGGGCGUGGAAAAGCACUCAGUUGGUGGCUUUAACGCUUCACACAAAAAAGGGACCAGGAGUGUCAACAUCAGCAGCAGCCCUAAUGCUGGAAGAAGCAAAGGCAGAGCUGGAGGACGAGAGGGACCGCGGGAGAGAUGUGGAUGAGGAGCUGCAGCAGGGGAAGCAGAAGCUGCCGCAGCGAGCGACAAGGAUGAAGCCGGAAGAGGAGGAAGAUGUGCGGGAACUAAACACGCUGUUCCUCAGUGCCAAGUCCGACAUGAUCUGGGACAAGCAAGUCCUGGAGAAGCAGAUGAUCCUCGAGGAACUGACGGAGGAAGAGAAGCGCCUGAACAAGAUGAUGGAAAUAGAGCGAGAGAAGGACACGGAGGUCCAGGAGGAGCUGGAGCACCAGAGGAAGCAGGAGCUGAUGAGAGCCCAGCAGGGCAUUGUGAAACAGACGGAGCAGAAUGCAGAGGAGCGGGCAUUGAGGACUGAGGAGCUGUACCAGGAGGGCCAGAGGCAGCUGGAGCGACUGGAGCAGAUGAAAAAGGGAGGAUCAGAAGGCCUGGGAGCAGAAGCAGGAGCGGAGGGCCCACAGGACCUGCUCGUGGGAUGUCCUCGUGACGCGUACAUCCCGGUUCCAGACGAAAGUGACCGACCACCAAGCCGUCAGGCAGCACCCAAGAGACCCGCACGGGUGAGACCCAAGCAUCAAUGGUGUUUCUGUGUGAUCUUGCUGUUGGGGCUUGUUGCCAGAGGGCAAGUCAGCCCAGACCACAACCCCCAUCGGCCGUUCAAGUGGGUCACGCAACACCUUAGUAGUGACAAGGUGCUCACAGAAAUCACCACACCAAACACCCCAUCCUUCGUGCUCUGCAUCACCGACCUGUUUCCAGGACGGCCAAAGGUAGACCCCAAUUCCCCACACUCCACACACAUGUCCUUUUGGGUGGACCAUUUAGCCGAGUCAGACUUAGAUCCAAUCCUUCCUGUCAUCACUGCCUCCAGCAUUCUGCGCUGA